AUGGCGAACCAAACUCCUGCCGUUGUCAUGGACAACGGCACGGGGUUCUCCAAACUAGGCUUCGCCGGAAAUGACUCGCCGUCCUUCGUCUUCCCGACUGCCAUCGCGACCAAAGGUCCUGCUGCCGGCGGCGGCGGCGGCUCCGGCUCCGGCCGACCAUCCGUCGCGAACAAGCCUUCGUUUCUCACCGGAGGUGCUGGGCCCGGCAGCAGUCACUUGAGCUCCAAGAGAGGCACCGAAGACCUGGACUUUUACAUUGGUGACGCUGCCUUGGGCGCUGCCGCGGGACCUGGAUACGGUCUUCACUACCCUAUUCGUCACGGCCAAAUAGAAAACUGGGACCACAUGGAGCGAUUUUGGUCAAACUCCAUCUUCAAGUACCUCAGAGUCGAGCCCGAAGACCAUUAUUUCCUCCUGACCGAACCUCCCCUGAACCCUCCGGAAAACCGAGAAAACACGGCCGAAAUCUUCUUCGAGUCCUUCAACUGCGCCGGCAUGUACAUCGCGGUGCAGGCUGUGCUGGCCCUGGCGGCGUCGUGGACAUCCUCCAAGGUCACAGAUCGGUCCCUGACGGGAACCGUGAUCGACUCUGGCGACGGGGUCACCCACGUCAUACCCGUUGCGGAAGGAUACGUCAUCGGAUCCUCGAUCAAGUCGAUACCGAUCGCAGGCCGUGACAUCACCUACUUUGUCCAGUCUCUUCUACGAGACCGUGGCGAGCCCGACUCGUCGCUCAAGACGGCGCAGGAAAUCAAGGAAGAGUACUGCUAUGUCUGCCCAGACAUUGUCAAGGAAUUCGCCAAGUACGACCGCGAUCGCGAACGCUUCGCAAAGCACCUCGUCACCCACCCCGGCGGCCGCCAAGUCAAUGUUGACGUCGGCUACGAACGAUUCCUGGCCCCCGAGAUAUUCUUCAAUCCCGAGAUUUACAGCUCCGACUUCCUGACGCCACUGCCCAUUGUCGUCGAUGGCGUCAUCCAACAGUCACCGAUCGAUGUUCGGCGAGGCCUGUACAAGAACAUUGUCCUCUCCGGUGGAAGCACGCUCUACAAGGACUUUGGCAGGCGUUUACAGAGAGACAUCAAGCAACUGGUGGACGCUCGGAUCCGGGCAAGCGAGAGGCAGCGCCAUGGCCCCUGGUUCGGCGGCAGUCUGCUCGGCCAGACUCCGGAAUUCCGCUCUUACUGCCACACCAAGGCGGAGUAUCAAGAGUACGGCCCGAGCAUCGUGCGGAGGUUUGCAUUGCUGGGUGGACCCGGCGGUUCAUAG